GGCGUGACACCUGAACCAUAUGUUCGGGGAUCCGCUGCCGAAAGGUCCCGGUGGAAGGGCAAGCAAGUUUGGAGGCCGAAGCCUCGAAAAGAAAAUAUCUUUGAAGAAAGGAUUAGUUCGGGUGUGACAUCCGGAGCAGUCUCCCGGAGAUCCGCCCCUGCCAACAGAACUCGUCAGAAAUGGGUCCAAAAGAAGGCCCAUAAUGACGACAAUUAUAAUGACAGUCGACAUCCUGGAGAGUCUUCCAGGAGAUCCCGUCAUUCUCCUACUUCAGCCAAAGAGGAAGUUCAUUUCGAUCGUAGUCCGCAGAUCGAAAAAGUAAUCAUUCCAAGUCAAGAGCCUGAAAUUCAGUGGCGACGCCGCUCAGAAAUUCAGAUACAAGAAGAUGAAGAAGAAUAUGUCGAUGAUGAUACUAUGGAAAUCGAGGUGGUUCGUAUGGUCAGCCACGUCGAUGUUGAAGAGGAAGAAGAUGAUGGUGAUGAAGAAGAACAGCAAUCACAGCCGCGCGUUUGUGUUCAUCGGCGCCGUCACAGGGUUAGAUCCAUUGCCAGCCGAAGUGCUCGCUCCUCAGAAGAAGGAGAUGAGGAAGAAGAAGAGGUCGGAGAAAAUUCCUUCGCUGGUGAAGAUAUCACACUCACUGAAAUGAGAAAUCAAAUGAGGUGA